AUGGCACGUAUUUGUGUGUUCUUGGUGGCAUGCGCUUUAGCUCUUCUUUCUUCAUCAUUUGCUUCUGCUGAAGUUGUGGAGCAUUCAUUACAUGUGCAAAACCUGACUGUCCAGCGGCUGUGCCGUCAGCAAGUGAUUGUUGCAGCAAACGGAAGCCUCCCCGGACCAACGAUACGGGUUAAGGAGGGUGACACCCUUGUCGUCCAUGUCUUCAAUAUGUCUCCCUACAACCUCACUAUUCACUGGCAUGGGAUUUUCCAGCUACUAAGUGGGUGGGCUGAUGGACCCUCCUACACUACUCAAUGCCCGAUUCGCCCUGGACAUACCUAUACCUACAGAUUUAAUAUCACAGGGCAGGAGGGUACCCUAUGGUGGCACGCACACGUCCAAUGGCUUAGGGCAACUGUUCAUGGGGCACUUAUCAUCCGCCCAAGAAAUGGCCAUUCCUACCCAUUCCCCAAGCCCUACAGAGAACAUCCAAUUCUCCUAGGAGAGUGGUGGAAUGCUAAUGUAAUUGACGUGGAGAACCAAGGACUAGCAAGUGGUGGUGCGCCUAACAAUUCUGAUGCCUACACCAUCAAUGGCCGCCCCGGCGAUCUCUACCCAUGCUCUUCAAAUCUAACAUACAAGCUAAGGGUGGUUCAAGGUAAAACAUAUCUCCUACGUAUCAUCAAUGCUGCACUCAAUAACCAACUCUUCUUCAAGAUUGCCAACCACAAGAUGACAGUCGUCGCCGUCGACGCCUCUUACACAAACAAGUUCGUCACCGACGUCGUCGUGAUCGCCCCCGGCCAGACCACCGACGUCCUGUUGACCGCCGACCAGUCACCGGGAUCCUACUACAUGGCAGCACAUCCCUAUGCCAGCGCGGCUGGUGUACCGUUCGAUAACACUACCACGACAGCAAUCGUCGAGUACGAUGGUGCCACGUCAUCAACCCCAAAAAUGCCGGUCCUACCAGCCUUCAAUGACACACCGACGGCCCACAAGUUCUACAGCAAUCUGACUGGGCUGGUUAAUGGGCCUCACUGGAUCCCAGUGCCACUUAAGGUGAACGAGCAUAUGUUUGUGACUGUUGGAUUGGGCCUGGUCCCAUGCGGAGCGAACGCAACCUGUGCAGGCCCACUUGGGCAGCGAUUGGCUGCGAGCAUGAACAACGCGUCCUUCCAGACACCCACCACGCUGUCAAUGCUGCAAGCGUUCUUCAACGACGUGAGUGGGAUCUACACCACUGAUUUCCCUGACAAUCCUCCGGUGCAGUUUGACUACACCAAUUCGAACAAUAGCUUCAAUACGUCCAUCGUGUUCACCGCAAAGUCAACGAAAGUGAAGAAAGUCAAAUACAAUGCAACAGUUCAGAUUAUAAUGCAGAACACAGCGUUGGUGGGCGUUGAAAACCACCCCAUACACUUGCAUGGAUUCAAUUUCCACGUUUUGGCACAAGGGUUUGGCAAUUACGACUCUGUCAACGAUUCUAAGAAAUUCAAUUUUGUCAACCCUCAACAACGUAACACCAUUGCCGUUCCGGUUGGAGGGUGGGCCGUCAUUAGAUUCAAAGCAAACAAUCCAGGUGUGUGGUUGAUGCACUGCCACUUGGAUGUACAUUUGCCGUGGGGCCUAGCGACAGCUUUCGUGGUUGAAAACGGAGGAACACCAUCAACUACGCUGCCUCCGCCUCCCCCAGAUCUACCUCAGUGUUAGAAGAAUUGAUUCACAUUAUUGUUGUUGUUUUUUAUUUUUAAUUUUUUAGCACGCUCUUGUAAUAAAUGAUUUGUCAUUUUUUCUUUCAUUUUCAUUGUUUUUGUUCGUGUCAACAACCUUGUACAAGGUUUUCAAUAAUUUAUUCUUGUCAUGUAUCAAGUCACAUUCUUUUGAGUGAAAUACUAUUGUUUCAUUAUUGUUAUAAUUAAAUUCUUUUGCUUUAUUAUUGUUUUUUUUUUUUUUACUCACACUUGCAUUACUUCUAUGGAAAUUUAAGUCAUUCACCUUAUACGGUUAUAUCACUAAAUUUUUUUAUUUUUAUUUUUAUUUUUAUUUUUUCUUAACUUACUCUCGUUAUAAAUUAUAGGGUAAAUUACAUUAAACCCCCUUUUUCUAUUUGUGUUUUUCACUAAACUCCCCUUUUCUAUUUUUUUGUCAAUAAACCCCCCUCAACUAUUCGAGGGGAGUGAUUUAACUAACGAAAGGGAG